GUGUUUGUAUAUGUAUGUGUGUUGUAACCGUCUCUCUUCCACCUCACUUGUUCGCGGCUCUGCUUUCGCAAACUCCAUUCUCACUUCUCUCUCUCAUCUUUUGUUUUCCUUCUCUAACAUAAAAAUCCCCUUUUCUCCUACCGACUUUCUCUCUCUACACCUUCCCUCUACAAGUGAGCAACAGCGCAAUUCACAGACACAUACAUUGCGUCGCCUCAAUUCAUUCCGGAGAUGAAGCUGCUCCGUCGAUCACGGUCGGGUUAGGGUUUAUAACUUUUUGAUUGCUUCUGUACGUGAAUGUAUGCAAACUAGAAAUCAAAUUUUCGAGUUUCUCUGCGGAUCAUUUUUGUGAGUAGAUUUCGUUAUCAAUCAAUCCUCAAUCCAUGGCGUCGUUUGUUCCGGCGAAGUCUCAGCCACUGCACAAUUUCGAAUUGCCGCCGCUGCUUAAGUGGAGCAAGGACGGGAAAUCGAGCGGGAGCCACAAACGGCGCCGCUCGAUGAUGUCGCCGCCGCAGCGAUCGAGUGCUGCCUCCGACUCCCCAAAUCGCUACUCUCCGCUGCGUGAUUAUGCUGCGGCGACAUCGCCUCGGAGCCGGUCUCCGUCGCCCGAGCAUCCGGUUUCCGUGGAGGAAUCGAUGAAGCAGGCGCUCGUUUGUGAGGGGAUAAAACACUUGGCAGUCAGCGGCGAUUCGGAGAAGUUGUCAUUGCUCCGGGAGGAGGCGCGGAGGUCUUGGUCGACGGAAGCGGAGGCUUUGCGGAAGGGCAAAGGCGUUGUAAUUGAACACCGUAGAAAUCAAUUUCAGAAACCUGCAUUCUGUUCGUCGAUUUCAGAAGAGGGGAAACGUGGGAAAAAAUCCAAGGCAGCAGCAGAAGCCGAUGCAUCCGCAACCGCAACCGCAAUCAGGAAAUGCAACUUGUCGAUUAAAAGCGGCAGCAAGAGCAGCAAAGAGGAGGAAGCAAAUCGCAAGGAAUCGCCGGCGAAGCUCGAGAUUACUGAAGAACACGGCGAAAUUGACGAGGUGGGGAAAGAGGGAAAAAUCAACAACAAGUCGGAUGAAGACAUUAGGCUAUGGAAUUUGAGGCCGCGAAACGCCCGGAGCAAGUUCGACAAGGAAAUAGUUGGCGGAGAGAAUAAACCGCAGCCGCAAUUGAGGAGCAGCGGCGCCAAAUCAGGGAAGAGCGGCGGCGAGAAGCGUGAGGAUAAGGAGAAAGGUGAAAAGAAGGAGAAGAAAAAGCUGAGCAUAAAUAUUGGCUUAACAAAAGAGGAGAUUGAAGAAGACAUCUUCGCCCUCACCGGGUCAAAGCCGUCGCGCCGCCCAAAGAAGCGGCCCAAGAAUGUGCAAAAACAACUCGAUUUGGCAUUUCCCGGAUUGUGGUUGGUAUCCAUCACUCCAGAAUCAUAUAAAGUAUCAGAAAAUUCUCUAAAGGUAUAGUCUUUACAUGAUGAUGAUGAUGACAAUGGUAGAAGGAGGAAUGACUUAGUAGUGUUGUUGUUUUAAUUUAGGGAUUUGUGGCUUUAAUUUUGAUAUAUAUCUCCAUUACUCAUUUGGUUUUAAAUGGUUGUGAUUUAGUUCAUCCCUAAUUCACUUCAUCUUCUAUCUCUA